UGCGUUUACCACAGCUUACCGCGAAUGUUAACAAAGCCCUGCUGACUUGUUUUCAGAGUUCGAGCUGAGUGCCAGCUUACCUACCAUCAUAGUGCUCAGGCAGUUCAUAUGGGUACUUACUUCUCCUCCAGAUUUUAGUUUGUUUAUCCGGCAUCAAAAUGUUUGCACCGAAUCUUUACCACAAAAAAUUGCAAAAGCGUAUUUAUAAAUUGUUGAAGAAGAACCGCCGCAUUUGUGUUGCCAUCAAGCAAAUAGUAAAAGAAGAUCGUGAUUUACACCAGAAAAAUGAAAAUCUUGUCAAAGAAUUGCAAAAGGAGCGCCUUAGGAGCCAAACACUCCAUGCUGAUUUGACCUACUUGCAAUUGGAAAAUCUCCAAUACAUGAAUACUGUUGGUGCCAUUCGUGCAGCUCAGUCAUCCCUCGGAUCUGAAAUUCCAAAAUUAGAAAAUCGAGUACGAGAUUUGAUCACUGAUUUGAUAAAUGCAAGCAGUCAUUUGGGCCCAUUGCAAAAUUCUGUUGGUAUAAUCAGACAUCUAACUUUAGAUCUUCAAGGUCAGGAAAACAGCAACAAUUCCAUCAGCUCACCUGCCCCUCCACGAUACGUCAAUGCAAUGGGUCAAAAAAGAAUGAAUUUAGACAUUUUUCCCAAAAAUAACGGUGUAGCUCUUAACCCCAUCGAAGAGGUUUCCCAAGAAAUUUCGACCACUUCUCCGCAAGUGAGUGCUAAAAAGGCUCCUCGCUAUGAAAGGAAAUGCAAGAAAGGCCUCAGGCAUCUUGUCAGUACAAGAACAAGUUUUAGAAGGAGAAGUUCGGAAAUAUCCAAAGAGCCUAGUGAUCAAAGCAAUGUCUGUUUGUCAAACACCAACAACGAUGAAGAAGAAGACAGAGUAGUGUCAAAUACCAACAACGAUGAAGAAGGAGACAGAGUAGAGAAUUUUAAGUCCCCACAGUCUGUGCACUGCGAGGAAAAUUCACCCAAACGCUCUAACAAAUCAGACUCCGGAAGUUCAAUGGAGUUGACUCCAAAAGUUGGAAAUGCAGGUGUCAGUGAAGAUAGCACUACACCUCAAAGUGAAGAGAGUCCAUUGAGGUCUUCCAGGAACUCAUCAUCAACCCUGAAUCCCUCUUCGACUCCAAGGAAAUAUAGUGAUGUUUUGAAAAGUGCUGAAAAACGCGAUGAUGGAAUUUCCCCUGUUUCAAGAAGUAGCAAUUUAGAAUCAGAACCUCAACAGGAGCUUUCAUUUUCAUUACCAUACAGUGAUAUUGAAUCCACACUGCAGAGGAUAACUGUCAGAAGAGGCGCUAGCCAUCGUAAAGUCUUGAGAGCAGAACCCUCUUUCAGUGGCAGCUAUAUCCCUUACAGCUCAACAGAAACACCUGGAAAUAUUGUCUGUAAGACAGAACCGAUAGAUGAGUUAGAAUAUAGUGAUGUCUCAAAGUCUGCCAAGUCUCGUAGUGUUAAAGAUACCUUCAGUUUCUAUGCUUUCGAACCGUCUAGUACCUUAAAAGCAGUUGAAGAUAAUGACGAAAAUUUUACGCCGAUAGUCAACAAGGGGAAGAAGAUGAAAAAGACUAGAAAACCGAAAUCAACCUCAAGUAGUUGUUCUAUGAAUAGAACCUCCCUUAUGUCUGCUAAUGAAGUUAAUAUCGCAGCUAAUUUGUAUAAUUCAACUCCAAUUGAAUCAUCUAAACCUCAACAUAUAAAAAGAAAACCACUAGCAACACUAGCCUCAUCAACGCGAAUUGGAUCAAAUGAUUCAGCUGUGUCUCAAGGAUCCAACUUUAUAAAUUCUGAUUCAGUAUUGUCUCCCAUCUUGAAGUCAAGCACUGACCAAAGCACCCACAAUGUCACCCUUGUUCACAGUAGCUCAGAGAAUAGUGGCUCCCAAAAUGACUCUAGUCAAGGAAGGCCUAGGAGAAACGCUGCCAAAAAUGCAAACUAUAAGGAGCCAUCUUUGAAUGUGAAAUUGCGCCGAUAGCUUACUUAAUUUAUUUCUUUAUUUUUAUAUUUUAUUUUUAAUUCAUAUGUAUAUAUUUUUAGUGUUAGGAUAAGGAUUUUAAAAUUAUAACCUACUUUUUAUUGAUCUGCUGACUCAUGGCCUCCCAUGAAUCACCCAAGAAAAGCAGCACUAAGUCAUCAGCAAAUGAUAUGAUUUUUAGAUUAAAUGUUUUUUGCUGCCCAACCUGCCCGCCGGCCCCACCGGAGACCCCCUUCCCACCCCCCACCCCCCCGGCCUGGGACGAGGACAGGGGAAAUGGUUUUUAGAUUAUCAUGGCUCAAUCUACGAAGUCCUCCAGUAUACAUAUAAAAGAAACAAUAUUGGGCCAAGGGCCGAGCCCUGCGGUACAUCCCAUUUUAGAUCUAAUUUCCUGCUUAUUUUUUCUUACUUAACAAAUUGAGUUCUUUAAGUUAGAUAGCUUGCAAAUAGUGUGUGUGCCACUCCCCUUAUGCCGAUUUUUUCAAACUUUUUCAUGGGGGACCGAGUCAAAAGCUUUUGUUAAAUCCAGGAAAAUUGCUGCACAUUUUUUCUUUUCUUCCAGUUUAGUUGUUGUGUUCCUUAUUAAUUCGGACAUUGCUUGUGAUGUAUUUUUACCUUCUUGGAAAUCAUAUUGAUUAUUUGAUAUUAAAUUAUGUUUAUUGAUGAAGGCCAUAAGUCUAUUUUUAGUGGCCGUUUCAACAAUUUUUGAAAUAUUUGAUAAGACUGAAAUAGGUCUGUAAUUUUCUGGUUCUAAGAAAAUACACCGUACAAGAAGGACAAAUUAAUGAUAAAAGCUAUUGGGAGGGAUAACCAUUUGUCACACUUUUUUAGCACUUCCAUGGAAAUUUCGUCCUCUCCUUGUGCAUAGAUUUUUUUAGUCCCUUGAUAAUGUUCAUGACUUCAUAAUGAUCAAUAGGGUUAAGGAAAAAAGAAGCAGAUGGUCUACAUUUAUUCGAAUCCUUCACUUUAGUUGUUUUUUUACCAUCCCUAGCCCUGUGGGCUCUUUGAAUUUUUUGUGCAUUCAUUUCCCCAACAGUAGCAAAAUAAUUAUUCAAGGUCUCAGCUGAUAUAGCAUCACUUUUUGGUGCGUCAUUUUUUACUUUUCCACCUAGUUUGUUUAUAAUUUUCCAAAAAAAUUUCGCAUCCAUAUCUACUUCUUCCAAUUUUUUUUUAUAAAACUUGUCCUUUCUCAAUCUCAGUAGCUUAGCCACUAAGUUCCUGAAGUAAACAUACUUAUGUAUUAGUUCAGGGUCCUCUUUUUGUUCGACCCAAAUUUUAUACAACUUAUUUCUAGUCCUUAAACUAUUUAAGAUGCCUGAGGUCAUCCACGGUUUGAGGCAUAUAGACUUGUUGGAGGUUUGAACCAUGUGACUGCAUUCACAAAUGGUUGCAUUUGGUGAAGAAUAUAAUGCUUGCAUUGCUUUUUCUACAUUAGUUACAACAUUCUGCCAAUUCAUAUUACUCAGCCUUCUUUCCAUUUGUAGCCAGUUGAUUUUUAAUUUGGUUUUAAGUGCUUUUGUCCUAUCUCUUUUCUUUUUGUUUGUACUACCGGCUUCUAUUUCACACGUUACAGGAAAAUGAUCAGAAAUAUCAUGCCUCAGAACCUUAGCAUUAAUGGUCCACAUCAUCGAGUUUUUGACAUGUAUGUGAUCCAAGCAUGAGUCUUUUCCACUGAUCAGAUUUGGUCUAGUAACUUUAUUUAUCAAGGUACUGUAGUCAUUAUUAAUGAGUACUUCACAAUAUUCUCUAACCCUAUCGUUAGGGUGCAGUAGGUCAAGGUUGAAAUCUCCAACAAGCACAUGCAUUGAUGUUAUAGUUGAUAGAUACUCCUCAAACCAUUGGAGGAACAAUUGGAUUGCAUUUUGCAAAAAGGAACCAAGAGCAUUCCAAUGUUGCUAAGAUUGUGUAUCUUAUAUUAAUUCAAUCAAAUUACUGAAAUCAUGCAAAAAAAUAAAUUUACAAAGGUAAUUUUCGUCUUCAAGUUAUAAUUUAAUGGGAGUAAAGAAAAUAUUAGUUUAGAUAAUGUGUGUAUAUUUGCAAGGCAAACAAAGUUGCACAAUCUUAGCAACAUUGGAAUGCUCUUGGUUCCUUUUAGUGUAUUUUCCGAAGGAAAGACACUCUAUUUGCAAAAUGCAAUCCAAUUCUUCUUCAUCAAUAGAUGGUGACCUGUAUAUUCCUAUUACAAUAAGAUCAUUUUGUUAUCACAUUUAAUUUCUAUGGCCAGGCCAGUGCAGCCAACAAAUUUAGUUUCUAUUAAUUCAUAGGACAAUUAUUUUUUAACACACAUAGUGACACCAUCCGCUCUGUUUCAGAGCUCUGAAACAAGAACAGCCCUGUAUCCCUCUAGGUUCAGUAGAUGAGUUUUAUCCUCAUGGAACCAACAUUCCGUGCAUACCACUAAUUCAUAUUUUUUAUCAAUAGUAGCAAGAUUUGCCUCUAGUUCCUCUAGCUUUUUGGUCGAGAGUGACCUAAUAUUACAAUGGAAUAUAUUCAUAAUAAUAUAAGGACCAUUACAACAAUGCGAUUUCUGAAAAUUAAAUGAUUUUUUAAACUGUUUUUGAUAAGAUUAAAUUUGAACUGUACUCUGUAUUUGCAGUAAGGCCAUUUUACUUAUUUUUCUUCUUAAUGAAAGUAGAAACAGAACCGAAUUUAUGUAAAACAAAGGAAUGAAACCUAGCUUUUAUAAGUCCUCUUUCCCUUAUUAGUUAAUACUAUGAGAUCAAUUACGACUUAUAUGAACUUUAUUUUAACUUUUACUUGAGAUUAUAAACUUUGAAAAUGAAGAUGAACGAGAAAUGAGUCGCAUAAUAAACUCAAACUUUCAAAUUACCUUGAUAUUUACACAAAAGGACAAAUUUGUUUCGGGAGCCUAACUGCUCCCAUCUUCAGCAGGUGACAACUGAGGCUCUUGCAGCGCACCCUUCUUCAGAUUCCGAAACGAGGACAGAGAGUAGUAGAUCGUCCAGCCCUUCAAGAUCCUCAUUCAUCAAUCUAGCUCUCCUCUUGAAAAUGAAAAUUUUCUGUUGCAUUGGCAAAUCAAUUGGACGAAUAACUUCUUUUAAAAGCACAGGUUCUUUCUUGAUCCUAUGAGACUCUUCACAACAAUGUUUUGCGACUGAUGACUUGUCAACUUCUUCAUUAUUUAUAUUUCUAAGAUGUUCCUUGGCUCUAGUGGUGAUAUUUCUCCUUGUCAAACUAAAGUAAACUUUAUCACAAUCUUGACAUUCCAUUUGAUAAAUGCCUGAUUUCUUCAAAUUAGGAUUUUUAUCCUUUAGAUCUCCAUGGAAGAAAGAUUUGAUGUUAAACUUAUUAACUGGUGCCACAUCUAAAUUGAAUGUACAUUGUAAAUUUUCUUGAACUUCUGGAAAAGUUUUGAAUGGAAUGUCAAUGGUACGAAAGGUUUAACUUCUUCAAGCUUCUCUAACGUUGUGAUCUGCUUUUUGUAGUUAAUGAGUUAGUGAUGAAAUAGUGACUACAUCUUAAAUAAGUAAAUCACCAUAGACCGCUACACCAAGCCUGAACUAAAAAUAAAAUAAUGUCUCCUGUUUUAACCUCCUCCAUCAUGUUUCUCCAUAUGUAUAACUAGGGGGAAUAUGCCAGUGAUUGUUUUCCAGGAGAAAAAUUCUGGAGAAACUGGGGGAAAACUGAUGGGAAAUCAUCAGAGAAUCACUGGGGAAACUGAUGUAGGUAUCCGCUGUGUUUUAGGACGGAUUUUGGGAGAAAACAUAUGUAUUUACCAAGUUUAACCCCAGUUUUUCUCCCGUAUAACAUACGGAAAGCAGGAGUCUAACUUGUUUAAAACUGGGGUUGAUGUUCAGCCCUAGUUUUUCCUCUGAAUAACAGAGGAAAAACGUAAGUUAAACUUCUGUCAAACUGGGGGUGAUGUUUAACCCUAGUCUUUCUUCUGUAUAAAUACAUCAGUUUCCCCAGUGAUUUCCCCAUGUUUUCCCAUCAGUUUUCCCCCACUUCCUCCAGAAUUUUUCUCCUGGACAACGUCAGUCGUUGCUGGUUGUGGAAGAAAAACUAGGGUUAAACAUCACCCCCAGUUUGACAGAAGUUUAACUCAAGUUUUUCCUCUGUUAUUCAGAAGAAAAACUAGGGUUAAGCAUCAACCCCAGUUUUAAAAAAGUUAAACUCCUAUUUUCCAACUGUUUUAAGAGAGAAAAACCGGGGCUAAACUUAGAUAAUACAUGUGUUUUUCCCCGAAAAUCCGUCCCACAACAAAUUUUUCUCCUGGAAAACGUCAGUCGUUGCAGGUUGGGUACCUGCUGACACCUGCUGCUGAUAUCAGCGUUUUGAAAGAAGAAGCAAAGUUGAUACAAUUCCUUUGUAUAAAAUUUUACUACCCAGGCUCCUAUAUACUGCAUUUAUCUAAGCCUUAGAAAUCGAACUGUAAAAUUUUUGUUAAGUACCUACAUUUUUAUAAGUGUGUUUGUAUUUUAUGUAAAAAUACUGUGUAAAUUAGUGUAUAAUUGUGAGGUGUCUUGUCCAAAGUCAACUGAAUACAUAUUUCUUGUAGAUUGUUGUUAACAUAUGUACCAAUAAAAAAAGAAUAUGUAUAACUAUUAAACAUCGUUAAGUUGAGCCUUUGUCCUAAUUCCACCUUACUCCUUACUAAAAAAGACUGUGAACAAGGAAUAGAAUAAAUCUGCAACAUUUACAACCUGAA